CAUGGCGACAUCAUUCGUGCCAUCGAUAUUACGUCCUGACUAUACGUGGCCUUGUCGGGCUCCGUUCACUGUCUCCCCAGCCACACCUCCAGUACCUCGUGUUUCCUGGAAACCCAUCAGGCUAGCAUGGGGUCUCGUGCACAGAGCGCUACGCUACUUCUCCCAGUGGUACUGCUCGUGGUUCGGAAUCCGUUUCGACUACAAUAUCAUCCCACUGCCAUUCGGACUCGUGAUUAAAUGGACAGACCGCAGCAGCGUCGAGGAAGCGGUCGCUACACAGAUGGCAAGAGCCGGUGGAUUACCUGUGCCAAAAGUUCUGAAUUAUGGCGAACAUCCUUUUCCAGAUUGCUGCCGAAGAGUCUCGAUCCUGAUGACUCGGCUUCCAGGGAUCACUCUUGGUGGUUAUAUCGAUCCAGAAUAUAAUCCGGAAACAGAAGAGCCCUGGCUGCAGGAGCUGAAGACGUGCGUGCAUGCCAUGCGCAUGUGGACGCCUCCCGCCUCCCGCCAAAAUUGGGUCUCGUCGCCGCUCGGAACUUGCCUACGAAGUUCACGUGUUCCCUGCCAUAUCAUGGGACCAUUUGGAAACCAAACCCAGCUCCACAAUUUUCUUCUUUCUCCAGCCUCAAGCCAUGCUUUCAAGUCUCAAGCUGAGUUCGAAAAGGCUAUGGCAGUAGCAAGGAAGCUCGACCAACGCAGGUACAGGAUGGUUUUCACCCAAGGAGACUUCAUGGCCCACAAUAUUCUUGUGGGUGACGACGGUCAUCUCUCCGGAAUGCUAGACUGGGAGUCUGCCGGCUGGUAUCCGGAGUACUGGGAGUACACUACGGCCAUGCGAUUUGGAAGGGAUUCAUGGUGGUUCAGAGCGCAUCUGGAGGAACUGGACUAUGAUCGUGCCUUGAACAGUUUGACGGUGGACACCUAUGCCUACUUCUGAGGCAGGUUGCGUUGGCAUCUUACGAGCGGCCGUUCAUGGUCUUACUUUUCAUCACCUGAUGCACAUCUCAGAGAAACUCAAUUCCAAGACCUGACUGUGCAUAAAGAGACACCGAC